AUGUCCACGCCACGCCCAUUAUUUGUUUACGGCACACUUCGAGCCUUGCCACUGCUUGCCUGGGCCGUAACAGGCGACGCGUCCAAUAACAAGACCGUCCGAAAGUUUGCCCAUCCAGCCAAAAUCCAUGAAUACACACGAUUCUCCGUCCACCACUGCGACUACCCAGCCGUCAUCAAGAAAGAGUCCGGUGAAGUAAAUGGGUAUCUUCUGAUUCUGGAGACCGCCUCCCAACGCAAGAAGUUGGAUGAUUUUGAGGGAGAGGCAUACAAAGUUACACCUGUGGAGGUGGUGAUGGAGGACGGGACCAAAGUUGAGGCGGAUAUGUAUGUCUGGGACGGGGAUAUGGAGAAACUCUCUGAUGAGCCAUGGGAGUUGGAGUGGUUUAUUAAAGAGAGGUUGGAGGAUUGGCUUGAUAUUUUCGAGGGCAUGAAACUCGUCGGAGAUGAUAACUGA